AUGGAAGACAGUUUAAAGGGAAAAAUACGCCAAAUGAUGCAUGAAGACUCGGAAACGCUGGUACGAUCUCUCGAGCGCGAAGAUGGCGUUCUCGAAUUGAAAAUGGGACUUGAUAGUGGCAAGUUUGACGUUCAUAACGCAAUAAGUGAAGAUGACGACCUUAAACAAGAGCUUGAAGAUCUGAUACGCAAGUUCUACCCCGAAAAAAAGGAGUUUACGGAGGAAGAUGUGGACGAUGUAUUUGAUGAGGAUGAAUAUAAGGCACAGUCAUCUGCCGUGCGAAGAUCUUCAGUGGUGGAGGAGGUCAUUCCACCGGAGAACUUCAGCCAUGUAGUAGGGGAGAUAUACCGCUCUAGUUUUCCACGCCCGGAGAACUUUGCAUUCCUACAAAAGCGGAUUAAACUCAAAUCCAUUCUGGUACUUAUACCUGAGGAGUAUCCACAAGAAAACCGCGAGUUUAUGGAAGACGCAGGUAUCAAGUUGUUUCAGGUCGGAAUGAGCGGUAACAAGGAGCCGUUCGUGAAUAUUCCCUCUGAUAUCUUGACAAGAGCGUUGGAGGUUGCGAUAAAUCCCGCCAAUCACCCGAUCCUGAUACAUUGUAAUCGAGGCAAGCACAGAACCGGAUGUCUAGUGGGAUGCAUACGAAGAUUACAAAACUGGUCUUUGACCAUGAUAUUCGACGAGUACCGCCGUUUUGCGUUCCCUAAGGCGCGCGCACUAGACCAGCAGUUCAUUGAGAUGUACGACGACCACGUUAUCAAAAAGAAUGCACACGAGAAUAAUUGGUUGCCCAUCAAGUGGUAA